GAACCCCAUUCCCUGGUCACUCUACUCCCGCAACUAGUUAAAUUUCAGUAUUUAGUCAUAACAUUUAAUAACAUUAAUAAUACAGGCCAAAUGUUGGCGCACUAUGAUAUUUGAGGCGCCAACAUGAUGCUCCAGCUGCUAUUAUUCUGCCUGGCGCUCUUCAUCAACGUCUACUGGAUCUUGCCCACGGGCAUUAGCUGGUAUUUGGUCAAGAGGUUUCGGGUCAAAGUGCGGAUCGGCCGCAUUUCGCUGCCCUACCUGUCCCUGAGGAAUGUGCACAUCAGCAAGAGUGGAUUCUCGGUGCAAAUCGAGGAGGUGUGUCUGCGCAGCAGUUUCUUCACCACCGAGGUGACCAAGCUGCUAUCGAUCUAUAUCCGCGACAUCCGCAUCAACAAGGAUAUCCACAGUAGACAGGAUGACACCGACGACAUCUACGAGCUGCGGCGGACGCAGACGUCAGAGGGCAAGCCCUCGGAGGCGAAGGGAGUGCCUGACUUCCGGCAAACCAAGGUGCCGGCGAGCAUUAUCACCUUUGCCCAGUUCAUGGCGGUGCAUGUGAACAACAUAUCAGUGGUGCUGAUGAACAACGACUUUGAUCCUGGCUGGUUUAUGCAUGCCACGGCGAAGGAACUUCAUCUGGACGGGAGUAUAGUGCAAAACGCACGUGUCCUGCUGGUGAAUGCGGCAUUGAGCGAAGCGCAGGCUAAGAUGCUGAGGCACUGCAGCUCCCGCCGACAGUCGCUGGAGAAUCUCAACAAGAUUCGACCCUGCCUGGGAGAGGUCAGCUUCGAUAUGACCCUGGAUGCGUCGCUCUUUGCCCAGGGGCCACUGUCCAUGGAUACCCUUAGUCUGGUCAUCAACAAUGCCAAAUCCGUCAUCCACGGCGGACUGUAUGAGUUCCUUAGUGAAGCCAAGCGGAAGACAUCGACUGGUCAACAGUCACGACGUUCCACUCAGGCCGUAGUGCCCUACAAGAGGUCCUACGACAAUGACAACUACGAGAAGCUGGCGCCGAUUAUACCAAAGAACUUUAACUUUAGCAUCAGGGCGGCCACCUUUUCCGCCGUUAAAGAAAACUCACAAAACGAUUUCAGUGCCAAGCUGCAGUCGUUCCAAAUCUCGGGAAAGUUUAACUCUAAAGUCACGGAUGAAAAGACCUUGCUACCUUCAAUGCUUGCCAAACUGGGCUUUCAGCAUUUGGACAUCGAUACUAAAUACGAGAAGCUACUCUUCGUAGAACAGUUCACCAUAGACUCUGUGCUGGAAAAAGACAUUUUUAAUCUGUAUGUGAAACUUAAGACAUUCCAAAUCAUCUAUAACCAUAGCGAGAUCUACGACUUUGUGAACAACAAUUUCCUCGCUCGACAGCGCUCGAGCGGAGCACAGCCAAUGCAGCUGAUACACAAGCAGAAAUCCCUUCCCGAUAACUUGUAUCUGGAUACGGCUCUGGAAAGCAACCUGCGAGCGAGUCAUCGACGGGAGGGCGGAGUUCUGGAGUGGAUUAUGCAGCGGAUCGUAGUCAAAGGUUGCGCGGAGCUGUUCAAUGUAUCGCUCCUUAUGAAGCUAGAGGAUGAGCACAUCGCCAUGAGUGUGAGCCACACCAGGUUUCUCUUGGAACAAAUCGAGGAGAAACGGAGUAAUCUGUAUGAAAACAAGUUCCUUAAUUUGUUGUUAAAUCAACGACAAUGGAGCAUGGAGCUGAUGGUGGAAACGCUAUGGUCAAAUCUAGGCAACUCCAUUAAUGAUACCAACAACCUAAAGAAGACUCAUUCGCCUGGCUCACCGUUUUUCCUCGGAGUGAGCUUGCUCAAGCUCUGCUCGUAUGCAAACACCACCAAACUGGACAUAUCCGUGCACACUUUUCGCACGGAAUACAGCAUGCAGUUGGCGGAGUUUGUGUUCAAGUCAGUGGAGUGCCUCCGGCAAUACCGGGGAAUAAAACCAAAAAACGUGUCAGGACAAUCUCAGCCUAGGCCGAAUGCCGGCCUCACGGUGUCCGUGCAGCCAUCACACUCAUCUACCUCACUGCGAGUGUCAGUUAAGGUCAAGGAUAUUACUGCUUACUUUGUUAAUCAUCAUAAUGUUUACACGCUGCUCAGUUUCUCAGAGCUGAAUUUGACGCGGGCUCAAAACUUAACCACCCUUAAGCUCGAGGAGUUCCAAAUGGCCAUAAUGCGCUCGAUGAUGGCCUCUUCACUGUGCCUCACCGACUUCUCGGACGUGUUUGCCACCUGCAAAAUAAUACGUCUUGAACAUGAACAAGUGGAGGGAUCGCUGGGCAAGUUGUCCAUUUACAUACCCGGCGAUAUGGAGGCCACGUGGAACUCUAAUUUGCACAUGCACCUGUUAACUUUAGUGAGGGAUAUGCAAGACUUGAAAACGCAGCUGGCGAUUCCGGCUUCACCUGUAAAGAAAACCACUCCCAGAGGAGGACUCGUGGUGGAGUUGUCUGCCGAACGGCGAACCAUCUUCGAGAUCAAGUUCUCUGAGCGUCACUCUAUUCAGAUCUUUGUAGAGAGCCUCUACUUCAGUCGAAAAGAACGUUGUAUGAUCUAUGCGGAGAAUGUUUUUGUCAAGAUCGACGAUCAGCACAUAUUUACAGUCAAGGAAUUGGAUCUUCAAUCAGUGCCACGUUUGGAAGUACUUACCCAAGAACGACAAAACUUUCCUGGCUUUCAGCUGCCCUCCAACAAGGUGUGGGUCACCACUAUUGGAUCCUUCAAAGCCAUUUUCCCGUAUGACCACGACUUCUAUAAUGCAGUCAAUGGGGAGUGCACAUCCCACUUUAAGUGGCUAAAGAAGGUCCACAACUAUAAGAAGAAACCGUUUACAGCGGACUCACCGCUGCCCUGUGAUUUGGUGAUUAAGAUCAAAGAGUUCCUGCUGGAGAUCAGCGACGAUCCCUUCGAGGUAAAACUUCGCGAUAACUAUGUCCUUCUGGUGGACGAAUACCUAGAGAGCUUAAAGCGCAAGGCGCUGUUCGAUAAAAAGAUCGGUGAGCUCUGCUCUGAGCGGCUUUUGUUGCCAUCUGGAACCAUAGAGGGUCUUUAUGCCAACCUGGUUAAGAAAAACUCAGAGAUCUACAUACAGCGAUCGAAGAAGAUUCGCGAAAGUGGCCCAGUUCGUACCCGAUUGCUGGCCUGGAUCAUGACAGACGUUAAUAUUAUGGCCAUGGCAGACACCUCAAUCCAUGGAUACGACAAUGUGACUCGCAUGAUGCGCGAGAUCGAUCACGAGAGUCCCUGGCCAGAGGAGGGACUGGAGUUCUCUACACUGUGGUGCCGGGGUGUCAACAUCAGCUGUACCGAAUGGAAAUUUAUGCUAAGGGAUUUCCCGCAACCCAUGUUUUGUGUGAAGAGUAUGCGGCUGUACGGCAAUCUUUGUGGAGCCGAGCAAAUGGGCUCGAAGCGAGCAAGGCGCGAUGUCUUCAUUGAUGUGGGAGAACCUUUUGGCACCGAUGUGAUUCAACGUAGCAUGCCCUCGCUUAAGUUCUACCAUGACUUUGACUGCGAACUGGAUAGCUGUAGCUAUGCGUUUGGAGCCUGCUGGGAGCCUGUGAUGGCCCAGUGCAACUUGAGCUUCGAGAAGAUCUCGGCUCCAUCGAAGGAUCCCUCGCCUCCCUUGCCAUUUUGGGAUAAGCUGCGCCUGCUUCUACAUGGCCGGUUAACUUUAAUAGCCAAACAGUUUACCAUCCUCCUCCAUGCCUCGCUUGAUCCCUAUAAUACGACAGAGGAAAUGGAGUUGACCUGGAACAAUUGCGGGAUUGUACUUACGAAUGCCAAGAUCAUGUUUAAAGGGGAACUUAAUGUCAUGGUUCGCACUGCAUCCCGCUACGACGAUUGUCGCUUGCUUCAUUUUCCUAAUCUUAAGUUGACGAUCAAGCUUAAAUGGGUGUGCCUGGCAAAUCCCAAUGACCACCAUGCCGUGAUGCCCUGUGCCCCAGACAAGUUGCCGGAGUACUCAAGUAAUCAAGUCCACGACUCCUUCCGUGCCUUCCGAUCGCUUAAUCUCAACAUUUGGAUAUCCUUCGAGACCAAGCCCAAGGCAGGAGAGGAUUUGGAAGUCGACAUACCUAGUCUAGUGUUGUACGGCAGCACGUUGCGAUGGUUCGAGAGUUUGCAACUCAUUCUUUCCGGAGUGACGAGGCCCACACGGCGAGGUCCGGUCUUCAACAAUGUGAGACCCAGAAAGAAGCCGCUCAGUCGACACUACAAAAAGGCCAACCUCCAGAUGUGUCUUCACAAGUUCCAGGUGCUCUACUGGAUGUCUCAUGCUCUGCAAAAAGGCUUCCAGUUGAACGGCCGGCGAGUGUCUUUCAGUUCGGAGCACUCUUUGACCCUCAAUCCCAUUGACGAUGGGCUUAUCCACCGCCCACGGGCAGACUGGUCAACGAUCUACAUGAACUGCGAGCUCAACGAUGCUGAGAUCUGGCUGAAAAGCAUUUUGACCGAGAAGAUGGACAGCAGUUCUGAGAACCUGGCCAGCGCCGCAGAUGCCUUUAAAAUUGUGAGAUUCUACUUUCUAAGUGUGGCGAAGGUAUCUUAUGGCCGCGAAGCACUGAUACCCACGACGGCCAGCAGCACUGAGGAGGAUGUUAAAGCGCAGUCCACGACGCCGACGCAUAAGUUGGUGGUGUACGAUCUAAAGGGAGCCUGGACAAAGAGCAAUCGGGAUGUGGCAUUUGCCCUUUUUGAUUCCUUUAUGAAGUCCCAGAAACUGAAGAACAAUCUGUCGACUGAAGCGGUAAAGAGCUACCGCAAGGAGGGUCCAAGUUCGGCUGUCCUGAAACAUAAACGAAGUGAUAGCACCAUUACCUUGUCCAGUACUAGCAACGAGGUUUUGCCAAUUUCCAAUCCGAGUGCAUCGCUGAAGAAGGCCCCUGCACAAAUUCAUGCCACCGCCAUGUUGCAGCAACUCAUCGCAGAGGCGGAUCACAAAUUUAAUGUGUACAGUGAUGAUCAUAGCACCCAAUCCAGGGAACUACAGCUCCAGGGCCUGCAAGCCUGUUCUGCCCAGGAUAUAAUCCACGAGAACUGGUCCAUUAGUCUAGUGAACUCCCAGGUGUUGCUCAAAGGAUGUGAGACGUCUGGAUAUGUGAUCAUCAGUGCUGCCAAGGCGGAGAUCCUUCAGCGAGAGCAUCGUCCAGUUUGGCGCGAGCGCUCCCUCAUCUCUAAAACCACUUGGAAGGGAUUGUUGGAGUGCAUGCAGUACUAUGCGACAGUCAGCGCGGGAGAUAAUAAUUCCCUGUUGGAGAAGGAGAUAAUGUGGCUGACGGUGGACAACAUCCAGGACAAGGAUGAGACUGUGAUCAACAAUCUGCCGGACAUCUCGCACUUGGUGGGCAGUGGGCGCAGUGUAGGUGGUGUGGUUUCCGAAACUGUAGGCGCUUUUUUGAGCGACAAUUCUGGAGAGGCACAGCCCGUCCAACUGCAGCGCAUUGUGUCAAAGUGUAAGUGCGAGUUCUUUUAUGUAAGCUACGGCGAUGCCAUCGAUCCAAACAGCAUCACGGAGGUGCCACCACCGCCCUCGGAGGAGCUACAAUCGCCGUGGGAAAAACAAGACGAUCCAGUAGAUGCCUUCACACUGAUGCAUCACGACCUGGAUGUAUGCACCAACUCGCUGCAGUACGCCAUGAUCCUGGAUAUUGUAAACAACCUUUUGCUUUAUGUAGAGCCUCAGAGAAAACAGGCGGCGGAGAAGCUUACGAGAAUGCGCUUCCAGCUUCAGCUGCACUCAACAGAGGAUCAGAAGCGACCCAUUCAGCAGAAGCAAACGGUUAUCCGGAGUCUGCUGAUGAAGAUUCGCUCGCUGGAGAAGGACACACACAUGAUCAGCAAGGAGCGGAUAGAGGACGGGGACUCAUUCGAGCUGCGGCAAGAAUACGACCACGUCCAGCAAAUGAUCCGGGAAAGCAAGGAGGAGCUGAACACUUUCAGCGAGGACCUGGACAUGAUGUUGCUGUGCUAUAAGGAGACUCAGCUAUCGCAGCUCAGCAAGAUAUCGAACGUGCGCUCCGACGAGUCUGUGACCAUGGUGCGAACCAACGAGAUCUGCUUUAAGCGUGCCCAGUGGCGGCUCACGGAAACUGAUGGACAGAUUGGCAUAGCCGAUCUUGUCCUUAGCGCUUUCCUUUACACCAAGAAGUCCAAGAGCGAUGAUUCGGUGGAACAUCUGCUGGAACUGGGAAACAUACGCAUGGAGAACCUUUUGCCGCGAGAAAUCUAUCGCGAUGUCCUGCUGGCCACUGAAAUUCAAAAGGACAUGCCCGUGGACACCCACAAGCGAGUGCUGCGGAUCUUCUGCCGCGAGAAGGCUCCUGUGGGCGGCAUAUCAGUCAAGGAGCACUUCGAGAUCAAUGUGGCUCCCAUCACCAUUGCCAUUACGAAGAAGUUCUACAGCACAAUGCUGAAGUUCUGCUUUCCGGAUCGCGAUGCCUCCGAGACGGAGGUCAGCGACGAACUGGACGACAAUGCCUCAACCAGCCCGGCGUCUACAACGAAUUUACAGACCAAGCCUUCGACAUCUUCGUCGACCAAGCGCUCGGGCAAGGGCAAGAAGGGGGCCAAGGACUCGGAGUUCUAUGUGAAGAUCGAGAAGGAUGAUGUGGAGAAGAUGAAGGAGCGGGCGGAGAAGAACAAGCUGUUCAUCUACAUCAAGAUUCCCGAGGUGCCCGUGCGCGUGAGCUACAAGGGCAACAAGGAGAAGAAUCUUGAGGACAUCACAGACUACUCACUAGUCAUUCCAACGCUGGAGUACCACAACGUGACUUGGACCUGGUUGGAUCUGCUGCUGGCCAUGAAAUCCGUGAGCAGGCGGGUGAUAUUCUCGCAGGCCAUCAAGCAGAAGCUGCAUAUCCACCAGCGUCAGCCUGUUCUGUCCGCAGGAGAACGAGCCACGCCGCAGGAAGCAGAGGACAAGGCUGUGAUGCUGUUCGGAAAUCGUCUAUUGAAUGAUAACCGCAAUCAGAAAAAGGGCGUCUUUAAGUUUUCCUCGGGUGGCAAGAGGUCCGGAAAUGAUUAGAACGUGCGUGGUCUCAACGAUAUAUUUAUGCUUUAUAUUUAUUACUGUACGUUCAAAGGAUGUACGAAAAUAUGUGCAACUUGCGGUACUGACCAGGACUUAGCAGAGCUUAUCUAAAACGCCGGAAUCAACUAACAAGAAUGUCGAGUGCGUCUUGGCCCGUUUAACAAUACAUUAUACAAUACAAUCACACACACUCUCAAGUAUUAUGCUAUGUAACUCUCUAAAUAUAGCUAUUUAUGUAUGUAUGUUUGUUGUUAGCAAUAAAGAGGGAGUAGGCGUAGCUAAUUUUUACACACCA